CACACACACACACACACACACACACACAGUACGUGUUCUUGACUUGAUGGUUAAAUAUUCAUCUUUUUCAACAUUGUACCAGCGCAGCAUUGUAAGCAAAAGCGACGUCUCCCUGUCAACUCCGGACUCUCCUCAAACUUCAAGAACUCUGCGUCUGUACUCCCCCUCUGUCCACUUGACCUAAUUAAUUUAGUUGACCCCCACACACGACCCGAGCAGCAAGGCCGGGACCUUUCCAUUAUUUAGUCGUCUUCCAUUUCACCAGCCUCCUCCUGAGGAUCACGGGCCCUGCAGGAGUGCUACGGCGUGCACUCUGCACGGCUCCCUCGUUGUCUUUGGAUGAGCCUGGCGGUGUCGGCAGCCAACCGGAGCUCGGGGGAGAGGCUCUCCAGGCUAUUCAUUUUGAAUGAGGCUUGCUGUCAUCUGCCGCUUGAUUCACACGGUGACAUUUCGCUGGAAGACACUGUUGCUAGACACUUGUUUUAAAGGUUAAUCAAGAAGAACUUUAAACUAGAUUUGUGGCGAGAGAAUAAUGCAUUUGAUCAGGUUUAAGUCAUGAUCAGCUGUUGAAGAUGCUCCCUGACCUGGAACAUGAGAAUGUGACCGGUGUGGCUUUUCAGGUUGCAGAGGAGAAGCUGGGGAUCCCAGCCUUGUUAGAUGCAGACGACAUGGUGGCUUUAAGGGUCCCAGACAGGCUGAGCAUCCUCACCUACGUCUCCCAGUACUACAACUACUUCAAGGGACGGCCCCCAAUGGGAGGUGUAAAAAGGCCAGCAGAGGGCUCCAAGGAGGAGCCGUCCGAGAAGAAAAAUCUCCCGGUGGUUGCCAAGACCUUUGUGUCUAAAACCGCCCUUGACAAUCCUUUACCUUCCACUCUCACAGCCCAGACCUCACCCAAGUUGGCCAGAGCCGCUGCUCAGAAGUCGGUUUUGGCAGAGAAUGCCAACAAAAACGGGACUCUCAGUAGCAAAUGUGUUGCAUGCAAGAGCCACGUUCAUCUGGUUCAGAGGCACUUUGUGGAAGGCAAGCUCUACCACAGAAGCUGUUUCAAAUGUAGUGAAUGCUCCAGCGUGCUUCAUGUAGGAGGCUACAAACCUGGGAAGAGUCCAGACACUUUUAUCUGUAACGCCCACCAGAGCAUUUGCAAACCUUCCUCCUCUGAGGUUGGGAUCAAAAACGGACCCACCAGUUCAGCUGUGCAAUCAAAUGGUGCCAACCAGGCCCAGCGUGCACCACACCCCUCUUCUGCCCCGUCAGCCCCCCCACAGAAUAUCGUUCUGAAGCCAGCCAGUCCUACUCCACCUCCUCAGUCCUGGACGGCCUCAGCCCAGAAGACGCAGGCGGCCCGGCAGAGGUUUUUUCAGGCCGCACCGCCGGUCGCAAAGGCCUCAGCAGACAAAGGCAAGCCCGCAGAGUCCUCAAGUGUUUUAGGAAGGCCAGAGGUCCAGCUGAGUCCUCACGAUGAGAAGAGCAGAGCCAGGACCACAAUUGGAAAGAAACUAGCAGAAGAAAACCGCAACAAUAAUAACAAACGACCGUUCACCGUCCGUUCAGCAGAAAGACGGUUUGGAGGCCUGCCAAGUUCAGCUGACAGCGCCGGUUUGAGAGAGGAUAAAUGCAGCCAAGGCCCAGCAGGAAACGGGGCAAGGCAGCCUUCCACCAGCCAGACAAACAAUAAGGAAUCGCCAUGUCUGAAGGCCAUCAACAAAGACAACACGAGGCCAACAACUGUACACACAACCGCCAAAGAUCCAUUCUGCCAACAGGGGCAAUCAAAGCUCAAACCUGUGAGAAGCGGGCUAGGUCUAAAAGAUGCUGAGGCUGAAGCCUCCACUGAGCAACAUAAGCCUGGAUUCAUGUCCUCUAAUGUCUCCGUCGUUACAACGAGGCCUCCCUCGUCCCGUGCAGUACCUCCAGUAAGCUUUCCUCUGUUUGAGCCCGCGAACUUCAUGGAAGUCUCCCCAAAGAAACCUCAGUCUGCCUCUGGAAACCUGGGUCUUACACAUGGGAGUCACUCGCCUGUGAAAUCGCCACCCACGCGGCCAGCUGUGGAAACUAUAAGUUUUUCAACGACCGCUCCAGCCAAUCACGGAAACCCGUUAGGUGCUAAAAAGGGAAAGUAUUUGUCACCCACCAACGCCUCCAGGACUGAAAUGAGGUCACCCUCUGUGAAGUCUUAUCAUAUCCGGGUGGAGCAGAUUGAGAGGGAGCUGAAUGAUAUUGAGACAAACUUGGCACAGUUGGAGAAGGAGGGUGUGGAGCUGGAGAAGAAGCUCCGCAGCUGUGAGGAAGAGGGAGAGGGAGAUAUAUUGAUGGACCCACUGAUGGUUGACUGGUUCAACCUGAUUCGAAAGAAGCAGACGUACAUUAGGAAGGAAUCAGAGCUUGUGUACAUAGCCAGAACUCAGGAGCUGGAACAGCAGCAGCCAGGUGUGGAGGGGGAACUUCGCAGGCUGCUGGAGAAGCCAGAUCACUUAAAGUCCAGAGAGGAGCAUCAGCGGGAGACGUUGUUGAUGCAGAGACUGAUGGAGAUUGUGGACGGCAGGAAUGCGAUUGUGGAGGGUCUGGAUGAAGACAGGCUGAGGGAAGUGGAGGAGGAUCAGCAGUUGAAUGAAAUGAUGAAAAAUCUUGGAGUAAAAGCCAAAAAUAAGAGGAAAUCCUCCAUCUCAAAAUUGUUCAGACGAAGAAGUAAAAGACAAGUGGAAUGAUCCUCAAGGGAUUUUUUUUUUUUUUUUAACUAAACUUCAUUAUCUUCUAAUUGUAUUGAGAUUUCUUAUAAACAUUUUAAGGUUUUUAUAUUUAAGUACUGCAGUACAUAGCGUGCUAAUGAAAAGGAGAAGAUGUCAAAUUACGAAGCAUAAUGGGUCAAAUCAUGUGUUUUGUUUUGUCUGCAGUCUUUGUUUCUUGCUGUUUUUUCAAAAAAUUUCAAACUCAAUUGUUAAGCUAAAAUCUUAUUUUUGUUCAAGAUUCACCUUCAGCUCUUAGUUUGGUGGUGUUGAAGUGGAGUGAGAAAUUUCUCCUAUAUAUUGUUUUUUUUUUUUCACAAUGGGUGUCUUGUUUUUUUUCUCAAUUGUUUUUUCACGGUUAAAAAAAAGUUGUUUAAUUACGUGGCAAACGCUGCUCUGAAUGUUUUCCUUAAAUUGAUUUUAAACGGCACUGGAGUAGUCACACGAAAAUGCCGCCAUUUAUGGAUAUGCAUGCAAUGUAAAGAUAUUGUUAAUUUAUUGAAUGAUUGGAAUGAGGUAUCUAAUUUAUAAGUUUCGCAAAUUAAAAUGCACGUGGUCAAAAAAUUGGAUGUUGGGAGUUGAAAUCAACUAUCAUGAUGUGUAAAUUACUAAAGGAGCACUGGCUUUUCCACAGGCAAGCAGGAAUUAGGAGAAUGUGUAAUCCUUCGACAGUCUUGAUCCAAAAUGACAUUAUUUCAGUAUUUAUUUAAUAAUGGAUUUUAACAAAUUUCCUGUAAGGAUAUUAGCGGGAGGGAAAAAAAAAAGCCUUGACAAUUAAGUUUGAAUUGCUGUGGAGUGUAAAAUGGAGAGCCACACGUGUUAAACCGCCUUGUUGCAGAGUGUAGUUCCUCUCUCUCACUGUACUGUAGGUGGCAGCCUGGGUAUGCUGUAUCGCAAGGCAAGAACUUGGAAAUCCAAUUUGCCACAGUACAGACAGUUAAUUUCUUUGCUAAUUUUAUAAAUGCUGCAAAAAUGUUCAGCUGUGCUGAUGCAAUAAUGUUAUGUGAAAGAGGAUUAGGUAGAGCAGUAGCUUAUGGCCGGGGAAGGCUUAUAAACUAUAGGUUGUAUUGAGCUCUUUAUCUUCCAACCUGGUUUAAUUAAACAUUACUCUUUACUAAUAUCUGCAUCAGAAUUGCUCUGUACCUGGGCCAUUAAAACGUUCAAACGACGUGUGGAGUCGCUCACGUGUGGAAAUGGCAUUGACGGUAUCUGUAAGGCACGUAUUGUAAUGUUGCAUUUUAGAAAUGUUAUGGAAUGGUAUGUGCUUGUAUCCUAUUUAUAUUUUUUAAACUUGAAAUCUGUUGUCCAAUAAAUCCUUUGGAAGAUUA